AUGGUCAAGGUGAUGAAGGGCUUACCAACUUUGAAAAAGUUGAUUGAGGAGGCUAUUGAGAAGGCUGAAAAGUCCCUCCAAGCCGAAAAAGAUAAACUUGAAUGCCCUGUUAAGUAUAAGGGAAAUGAGUCCACUUGCCAGUUCUACCAGAAGAAAAUUGAUGAACUUAAAAAAUCUGAAAAAUCUGUUAACUCUGAAAAUAAUCGUAAUUUAGACCUAUAUAAACAAAUUGUAUCUGACUGCAAAAAUUCCCACUCCCGUAAUCAGGACUCUGCUACUAAGAAAGCUUUGAAUGACAUUGAAGAGCGUGAGAAACAACUUGAAGAUCUUACUAAUAAGCUUAAGAAAUUCACUGAAUCACUUGCUAAAACUAAUAAUGAAAAUAUCCUUGUUAAUUUAUGUGACGGUCUUGAGACCUUUCUUGGUUACGAUAAGACUUCCAAAGGCUACACUGGCCAGGGCAUUGUGUACUCUGACCUUGAUAGGCUUGGUGACGGGGUGAUGGGAUUUUUGUCUAGUAUAAUCACUGAAGUAAAAGAAAAUCCAAACUUAUCAUCUUACAAAACAACAUUAAAUGAAGCAGUAAAUGAAUUAAACAAAAAUCUUAAUAAAGGCAAAAAAGGUUUGGAGGCUGUGAUUGGCCCGGUCAAGGAGGGAAUUAAGGGGUGGUUGGGGGAGGUGGAAAAGAAAAAUAAUGAUGUAACGAAAUAUAUCGAUGUUUUAAAAAAUGACACGACUAAUGCUGCAACCGGUAUCGAAAAAUGGAAAAAUCAAGAUUUUGAUGAAGCCUCCAAAAAACAUGGUGAGUUGCACAAUUGGAUCAAAUCCAUCAAAGAAUUAUCCAACCAACCGUAUUAUGCCAUUCAUGCGGUCGAAUACGUCGAUGAAAAACUCAGAAACAAUUUACUUCCGCAUAUCAAUUUACUGAAUAACGCUAUUGACACUUUCAAGCAGAAUACGGUUGAGGAUUACGAUGGACUUCGCACGGUGUGCGAAAAGGUGGCUGCAAAAAGCAAUGAAAUUAUUGAUCAAGCAAACUUAGUCACGAAGACGGCAGAGAAGAAAAUUGAAUUGAUGACUAGUCAGCUGGAUAAUACGAUCACUGCACUUGAUGAGCAUGUUCAGAAAGCUGUGGAAGGUCUAGAAAACGCUACUCACGAACUAAACAAAUGGUCUGAAAAUCAAACGGAUUCUUCUCUUCAUAAAGCUCUUAAGCAAUGUGCCGAAGUUGUCAAGGAGCUCGAUUAUAAGGAAAACAAGAAUACGUUUUAUAUUCAACUUGCUGCCAUUGACGCUGCGAAAGACGUUGUUGCUGAGGUGCAGGGAACAUUGAGCAGCGUUAACAACCGCCUGAUGAUUUGGAUCACAAAGGCGGCAUUUUUGGUCAGCCAGUCCUUGCGUUUUGUUGCUACGAUUCUGGAUGAAUUGAAUGGAGAGGACGGUUCACAUAAUUACGUCAAACAGAUUAAGGACGCUGCGGGAAAACUAUAUAAGGAUGCAUUGAAGUUGAACGGUGCUAUGCGUGCGGCGCAUAAACAUAUCAGUGAAAAGGUCCGUGCAGCUUUGGAGGCAUUUGGUGAAGUGGAUAAGGCUGUCAGAAAGGAUUUAGCGCAGUUUAGGGAUCUUAUUAAAGCUGAGGUUGGAGUAUAUUUCGCUCAAUUAGGAGCCGUGGAAUAUGGUGUGGUUAAGCAGAGCGGUGAUGUAAGUCAGCUGGAUCAAAAAGUUGGAGCAAAGUUCAGAGAAUGGCUUCGACAAGCAUCAUCAACCCUCACAGUCAUUACUCAUACGAAAAUCCAAACUGAUCUG